AUGCCUGAACGUUCAGGCCACGACACCAACUUUAUACACUUUUCCGAGCCAUACCACAAAAUCACGAAGCAAGAACAGUUUGAGGAUCCCGAGUUGAAGAGAGUCCUCGCUCAGAAUAUAUACGACAACGUAAGGAACAGCAUCACCUAUUUGGAAGAGACUCAGUAUAACCCGUGCGAGUGCAAUCACUGCCGAAGUGACGUAGUAGAAGCCCCACUGGAAGAUACAGAACUACUCAAGGACGUCUCAACAGGCAAACUAGUUUACAAAGAAGAAAGUGCAAAGUCUUGCGUGGAAGACACAGAAAUCACGCCGAAUAGCCUACAGCCCAUAAGCGCAGUGGAGGGCGAAACUUCUCUCCAUCCCAGAACGUACAAUAUAUUGAAGAACAACAAGGAUAGUUUAGAAAUUCAUCAAAGCAUUCCCCCUCUGAUGCGUGAAAGCUUCGCUGAGUUUACCCCCCGUAGUAGUUCCCACGAGAAAAGUCAACAUCUACCCAAAGAAGAAGACAAAAUGAACAACAACAGAUAUGGAGAGUAUUCCCCAAUGAACGGAUUUGGAUACAACCACCACAACGCCAUGAAUCCAAAUGGGUUCUGCACAAACACGCAUAAUAGAGAGCUUCCAAAUUUAACCAUGCAGCAACAUAACAUGCAUGGAAGGAACAACCUCAUGUUCGAAGAUGGGAACAUUCCAUAUGGUCUCUAUGGACAAUCGAACUAUACGGGAACAAAUUCUCUCAUGUAUGGAAGUGCUACCCCUUCGCACGAUCCCAAAAUGAUGUAUAGAAGGAACCACGAAACGAAUGAACCGCUUUAUAAUAACUACCCGAUGGGAAAUGGAAUGGGUUACAACACGCCCUUCGUUCCUCCACAGGCAUAUUACCCAGGCAUGAGACGGAAUUUAACGAAAGAGGGAUACACGCACGGGUGUCAUUACAUGAACAAUGCGAGUAACAAUGGUGCACUCUCCAAAUAUCCUUCAGAAAGCGUUUCGGAUAAGUGUCCCAAAAAAGAAUCGUGCAGGAGAAACCUGUCCAAGGUGAAAAAGGGCGAUAUAGACAUCAACAUAGAAACGUCUUCUUCCAGUCGAAAGGGGGUCAUAAUAGAUUUGAACAUCGGCAUGGGGAAUUAG